CCCGUCUUUAGGUGGGCUUUGGGCGCUUCCGCUUCCUUGCCACUCGGCCGAAUGCCAUGGCUCUUGCGCCUCUUCAGCCUCGGCCUGGGAUGGACCUUCCUCGGACCGCGCAACGCGCCGCUGCGAAACGUGCCGCGAAACGUGCGGCGAAGCGCGGAGACGCCCAGAGCCCCCAGGUGGCUGUCCGAGCUGCAGGACGAGGGCUUGCUGGAGGAGCCGGACCCCAACCUCUGCGCCCUGAUGGCCUGUGACGCCAUCAAGCGCGGAGAUUUGUCCACGGCGGAGAACUGGCUGCAGAAGGCCUUCAAAGAAGCUCGCCCGCCGCCGGAGGCAGAGGAUGUGCUUUGGAAGCUUGUGGGAGAAAGCGUGCCGCUGCGGGUGGCAGAGCGCUGGCUUCGCAGCCCGAUGCUGCGGUCCUUGGAGUCCCCCGACAUCGCCGCCGCGCUGCUGCGCAGCGCAGCCCGGAGCUGCGAGCUGCCAGCGGCGGAGACCUACUUCCAGGUCUGCCAGACGUUGGCCGACGCCGGGCUGUGCCUCCGGCUGGUGAGCUGCGCGCUGCAGCGCAAGGACGACUUUGCAGCGCAGAGGUGGAUCGACCGGGCCAUGGAGGCUGGCGUGCAGCCUGAGGAGAUCACCGCGCGCAUGCUGCAGGAUAGCGCUGCGCGGCGAGCCUUCGAGGCCAUGAUUCGGCGCAACGCCAAGAAAGGGGACCUCCCUCUGGCGCGGCAGUGGUACGAUCACGCGGUGGGCGCGGGGCUGUGCCCGUCAAAUUACACCCUGGCCAGUCUCUUGGAAGCCGCGGUGCAGUUCGAAGACUUGGGCCCCGAGUGGUUCCAAGGCGUCUUGAGCACGGAUGUCGGCGCCAAGGCGCUGACUUUGGUGCUGGAGGCUCUGGCCGAGAGAGGGCGCCUGAACGCGGCGGAGUCCUGGUACCAGCGCGCCCAGAGUCUCGGCCUGGCGCCGGAGGCUCCGGGCCUCAAGAAGCUGGUGGCCGCGGCGGCGCGGCGAAAUACCUCGGCCGCAGAGAUGUGGUACCAUCGACUGGUGGAGAGCGGCUUCGAGCCCUCAGAGCCCAAUUUCCGGCAGCUCAUCGCCAAGGCCCUGCGCCGCAAGGAGGUCCCCGUGGCCGCCUUCUGGUUCAACAAGUCCUCGGUGCUUCCCACCGAGUCCUUCAACCAGCUCCUGGCUCAGGCGGCCAAGACGGGCUCCGCGGGCUUCUCGGAGGCCGCGAAGCUCUACCUGGCCUUGGGCCAAAAGAUCACGCCGACGCUGGAGACCUUCAACACCAUGAUGCUGGCGGCCGCCAGGAAAGGGGACACCGCCGCGGCGGAGAUCUGGUUUGCCCGGGCGAGGGCGGCCAACUGCGAGCCGGAUCAGCUGACCUACCAAGCCCUCAUCAACGCCGCCUCGAAGAAAGGGGACCUUGCUGCUGCGGAGGCGUGGCUCAAGCAGGCCGAAGAGGGAGGUAUCAAGCCCAGCCUGCUGAUGCUGAACUCUCUCAUGGCGGCCGCCUCGCGCGAUGGGGACAUCCAGGUCACCACAAGCUGGUUCGAGCGCAUCUUGCGGUCCGGGUUGGCGCCGGAUGUGGUCUCCUACACCACGAUCAUUUCCGCCGCCGCGCGCAGCGGGAACUUGACGGUAGCAGAGCGUUGGUUUCAGGCUGCGGAGGAGAAUGGCAUCAUCCCGGAUGUGGUCAUGUUCACUUCGGUCAUCGAUGCCGCACAACGCAGCGGCGACGAGAGCGCGGCCAGACACUGGUACGAGCGCGCACUCGAUGCCGGAGUAGCGCCCAACAUUCGCAUUUUCAACACCCUGAUGAGCGGUCCUGCCAGGCGGGGUGAUUUGAACGCAGCGGAGAAGUGGUACCGCACUGCUCGCUUCAUGGGUGCACGUCCCGACCGCGUCACAUACAACACGCUGAUCAGCGCCAGCGCCCGCGCUGGCGACCUCGCCUCGGCAGAGGCCUGGUUUGACGCCGCCAGCGCCGCCAACAUCAAGCCGGACGAUGUCACCUACACAACCCUCAUCUCCGCAGCGGCGAAGACAGGACGGCUCAGGGCGGCGGAGGUGUGGUUUGACCGGGCGGACCGCGCCAAGAUUCGGCCCAGCGUGGUGCUGUACAACGCAAUGCUCAAUGCUGCGGCCAAGCAGGGGGCAAUGAACAGGGCGGAGGCCUGGUUUGCACGCAUGGAGCGGGACAGGGUGCUGCCGGACAAGCUCACCUUCAGCAUCUUGAUCGACGCCUGCGCUCGGACCGGCGACCUAGAAGCCGCGGAGAAGUGGUUCCAACGCGCCGACGCAGGCGGCAAGCACGACGCCAUCACCUUCAGCACGCUGCUCAAUGCCGCGGCCAAGCAAGGCAACUUAACCGCUGCAGAGCGCUGGUACCACCAGUCCCAGGGAGAGCUGAUUCCGGACCUGACCACGUUCCACAAUUUGAUGCGAGCUGCUGUCAAGUGCAAGAACCUCUCAGAUGCUGAUGUGUGGUACGAGCGAGCCCUCCGCGCGGGGUGCCGCCCUGACGGCAGUACCUUCACCAUCACCGUGGAGGCGGCGGCGCGCGCCCAGGACGCCGUCCAGCUGCAGGAGUGGCUUCUCAAGGCGGCGGACGCCGGAGUCGAGCCCGAAGACGUCACCCGGCGGGUUAUGGCCAAAGAGGUGGCAAAGCGCGCCUUUCAAGCAGUCAUCCGCCAGGCGACUGCUCAGGGCGACCUUGCUGCUGCCGAGCGCUGGGCGAAGUCGGGCACGCAAUCUGACCUGAGCAUGGACGAUGAGCCAGAGGAAAAAUCCGCACCGGGCCCACCGCUGAGAGCGGAUAUCCUGGAGGUCGGAGAUGCGGGCCCCUGGAGCUUUCAAGAAGACACCGCGUUUCGGGGUUAG